AAAUAAAUAAUUAAUUUAGUGCAUUAAAAAGAAAAUAUAACAAACAAAAUGGUAGCAAUUGGAAUUGAUUUGGGUACAACAUACUCCUGCGUUGGUGUAUUCCAACAUGGCAAAGUGGAAAUCAUUGCCAACGAUCAAGGCAACCGCACAACACCCAGUUAUGUUGGCUUCACAGAUUCGGAACGUCUCAUUGGUGAUGCUGCCAAAAAUCAAGUUGCCAUGAAUCCCCAGAAUACAGUGUUCGAUGCAAAACGUUUAAUUGGCCGCAAAUACGACGAUCAAAAGAUUCAGGAUGACAUGAAACACUGGCCAUUCAAAGUGGUCAAUGAUUGUGGUAAACCAAAGAUUUCGGUGGAAUUUAAGGGUGAACAAAAGAAAUUCGCCCCAGAAGAGAUCAGUUCAAUGGUGUUGACAAAAAUGAAGGAGACAGCAGAAGCGUUCCUGGGUACGACAGUGCGUGAUGCAGUCAUUACAGUGCCGGCCUACUUUAACGAUUCACAGAGACAAGCCACCAAAGAUGCCGGAGCCAUUGCUGGUCUUAAUGUUUUGAGAAUUAUCAACGAGCCGACCGCAGCCGCUUUGGCAUACGGUCUCGACAAAAACUUAAAGGGUGAACGCAAUGUUCUAAUCUUUGAUUUGGGUGGUGGUACUUUUGAUGUUUCCAUUCUUACAAUCGAUGAAGGUUCGUUGUUUGAAGUGCGUGCUACGGCUGGCGAUACUCACUUGGGUGGUGAAGAUUUUGACAAUCGUUUAGUCAGUCACUUCGCCGAAGAGUUCCAACGUAAAUAUAAAAAGGACUUGCGAUCGAAUCCUAGAGCAUUGCGUCGCUUAAGAUCAGCAGCUGAACGUGCAAAACGCACUUUAUCAUCUAGUACAGAGGCUACUAUAGAGAUAGAUGCUCUGUUCGAAGGCGUAGAUUUCUACUCCAAAAUAAGUCGUGCUCGUUUCGAAGAAUUGUGUGGUGAUUUGUUCCGUAGCACCCUGCAGCCCGUGGAGAAAGCGUUAAAUGAUGCCAAGAUGGAUAAGAAUCAAAUCCACGAUAUUGUCCUAGUAGGCGGUUCAACGCGUAUUCCUAAAGUACAGAAUUUGCUACAACAAUUCUUCUGUGGCAAAGCUCUCAACUUGUCCAUUAAUCCCGAUGAAGCUGUGGCCUAUGGUGCAGCCAUUCAAGCAGCUAUUCUUAGCGGUGACAAGAGCAGUGCCAUUCAAGAUGUUUUGCUAGUAGAUGUGGCACCUCUUUCGUUGGGCAUUGAAACCGCGGGUGGUGUUAUGACCAAACUAAUUGAACGCAACAGUCGCAUCCCCUGCAAACAAUCAAAGACCUUUACCACGUAUGCCGACAAUCAACCAGCUGUCACAAUACAGGUCUUUGAAGGUGAACGAGCCAUGACCAAAGACAACAAUCUACUGGGCACCUUCAAUUUAACCGGCAUACCGCCAGCACCUCGUGGAGUCCCCAAAAUAGAUGUUACAUUCGAUUUAGAUGCCAAUGGUAUUUUGAAUGUAACGGCCAAGGAGAUGAGCACUGGUAAUGCCAAAAAUAUAGUCAUUAAAAACGACAAGGGUCGUCUGUCGCAAGCCGAAAUAGAUCGUAUGGUCAAUGAAGCCGAACAGUAUGCAGAUGAAGAUGAAAAACAACGUCAACGCAUAGCAGCGCGCAAUCAAUUGGAAGCCUAUGUUUUCAAUGUGAAACAAUCAACGCAAGACGCUGGCGAUAAAAUACCCAAGUCCGACAAAGAUCGAGUCAUGGAGAAAUGCGAAGAAACAAUCAAGUGGUUAGACAAUAACACGACCGCCGAGAAAGAAGAAUACGAUUACAAAUUGGAGGAGUUGACCAAAAUAUGUCAGCCCAUCAUGACCAGACUACAUCAACAGGCAAGUGGUGCAGCGGGUUGUGGUCAACAAGCUGGUGGUUGUGGAGGUGGUAAAUGUGGUGGACCCACCGUUGAAGAAGUGGACUAAAAAAUUUCAGCUCAAUAUAAUCCCUAGUCAACAUUCCUGAUAAUUAGCUUAGCUGCUAUUUACUGAAAUUCAUCAGAUCAGACGGUCUUAAAUGAAACAGAUUUUCCUAAUUCGGCUGUAAACUUAGCACGUAUCGCUCAACACUUACAACGAAUUCCUUGAGUUGGGCUAGCUUAAUGUAUUUUUAUUAUUAGUUUAAACAUAAUUUUAAGUUGAAACUUAUUUAUUGAAUAAAAUAAAACUAUGUAUAAUAGAUAUAUACCAAAGAUAGAAAA